UCUUCAAUGAUUCACUAAACUCCAAGAGAUUGAGCUUCGUGAUCCCAUCUUCGGUGACAAAGCCAAUGUCAACUACCCCCUUCGAAGAAUCGCUUUUUCAGGGUUGGAUCUUUAAUCCCUCUGUCUUCGUUCUUUACAAAAACCUCCAUUCCCCAAAACUUUUAUGAAAUUGGGCUCAACCAUGAACAACUUGAAGAUUCUAUGGUGUUGUUGUGUCAAGGGUUUCCGAAAUCACCACCUUGUUGCUAUAGCUGAUGCUUUACCCUGGCUUGAAGAGCUUGAUAUCCAGUUUUUCGGCUACUUUUGGAACCUUGGGUGGAGUUCAAAGCCUAGAAGAGGCGCAAAGCACAUGGUAACUGAUGCUGGGAUCGAGGUAAUGUCUUAUAAGCUUCGAGGGUUGCGUAAAAUAGGUAUAGCAGGGCAGGUUGGUUGUUCUGAUCGAUCUCUCAUUGCUUUGUCUUCAAAUUGUGAGCUUUUGCAUGAAAUUCGAUGUGUUUUGUGCGAAGUAACUGAACAUGGCAUUUGUUUUGUACUACGGAAUAGUCGAAACUUGAUUUCUCUCAAUGCUGGACCGUAUUACACAGUACAAGAUGAUUUGUUUACUUUUAAGAAUUCCAUGAUUUAUGCAAUAGCUUUACGCAGUCCUGUGUUAGAAGCAAAAGAAGAUCAUGACCGACUUCUGUCUUCCAUUUCAACAUCGGGCAUUCGAUUAGAGAAGAUUUUGAUCUACGAUGAUUCUGGUUUGAGAUUCCAUGGACUCUCGAAUUUCUUAUGUGGAUGCCCAUCUUUGACACACUUGACACUUUGUUCUAAUAAUUUCCUCAUUGACAAUUACAUGAGGGAUUUAUGCCGGUAUCUUCCUAAUCUUGUGUCCAUAAAUUUUAAUCGGUGUUCAAACAUAACCACUGCAACGUUCUUCAUCCUUGCAAAAGAAUUCCCUAUGCUUUCGGAAAUUGGACUGCCUAAUAUAAAGCCACAAGUUGAAGAUGACUUUAACUUGGAGUUGAAGAGGAAUUAUCGAAUUAGAUCAUUGGAUUUGACUUGUUCUGUGUAUCUGAAUGAUGAAUUCAUAAAAAAAGUAGGGGCUAUUUGCCCCAAUUUACAUACUCUAAAUCUUAAUAGACUUCUCAGUUUGACAACAGAGGGCAUUGGGGAAAUUUUGAGGUGUUGCUCUCAGAUUAAGUAUUUGACAGUGGAUAGAACUAGAGACAUGGCGAUCUUUUUGGAACAAUUCAAAACCCGCCGCAUUAAAAUUGGACAUGGUUAUAACCUAGAGGGCCUCUAUGACUGA